GGCUAGUGUGUUGAGCCAGUUCAUGGUCAGUCAACCUGAAACUAGAAAUACAAUAAAACAUGUUAAACCAACAGGAAAAGCUUUACAACAAACCAUGAAGGAGCUAAAGCUGCUCUGUCUUAUGAAAAAUGAUUUAAUCUUUUUCUUUUUAUGCCUAAUCGCAAGAAGUUGUAAACAUCUCUGAUACGCCUCUUUAAAUGAUGUUUUGACUGGAAAUGGAUCAGAAGUAAAGAUGGUAGAUGAGGAACAGAAAGUGUUGAGAAAAGGAGAAGUUGCUUUGGCCAGAGAUACCAGAAUCUUUCACAAGAGUUUCCAAACCAAAAAGGGGAAUUUUCCAGUAAAGACGGGUGAUUUGAUCAGUUCAUCCAAAAGGUCACGAAGGCAUGACCCAAAUCCGUACAACGCAGAAACACUCGCUGACGUUCAGGGUUGUGUCGGGAACAGUCAAAUCAUCCAGAAGAGACCCUGGAAACCGUUGGCGUUCUGAUGAGGCCGACCGGCGGGCCGAAGGUUCAGGCCUCACAAUCUGCUGCUUCAUGCUGGGUUUCUUAGAUCGGAUCCAAGAACUUUCACAGUUUGGCCAAGAACAAGUUGAAGUUUGACCUGGAUGUGGAGCUUAGUGAGUGAAGAAGUGGAGGCUGUAAAUAAAUAAAUCUCUUCUGGCAGAAAGCGGUCCAUUUGACGGACGGAGACGGAUCCGGUUCACUGCAAGCCUCAGAUUCAUCCUGCAGCCAACAUGGCAGAGAGUCUGUUUCCGAGUUUAACCAAAGUCUUGGGGAAAGAACUGGGACCGUUGGUGAGGAGUAACUGGGACUACAACUUCAACUGGCCUCUGCUGACCGUGGUCAAGAUUAAAACCAAGAAGUUCGGUCUGUUUGAUUCAAACGGCAGAUAUAAACCACUGAGACUUAAACUGACCGAUCUUACCAAGGAAAACCUCUCCCUGGAGCCUCACACUCAAACUCACAUGAAGGAUUACGAGAGUCUCUGGCGCCGUGUUCAGGGCGUGGUGGUAGAAGAACGACUUAAUGAAGUCACAGGUCGAGUCGGGGUCAAACGGGACUCUACGGACGCAAUGUGCCCGAUGACCAUCGUGAAAGAGUUUGUCAGAGACGAGGACUUGGCAAAGCUACGGUACCAAACAAUCAAACUGGAGCAGAGCUUUGUGGACGACCUGAACAUGAAGACAGGAGAGAAACUGGCUUUUGUGGUGCAGAGAUUCUACAACGAGGAUGAGGUCCGGGUUCUGGGCAAGGCGUCCUCUGGAGGGAAAUUUGGAGCAACAGCAUUUAGCUUCGUCAGCGUCUCUAUGAAGUCUCAGGUGUCUGGAAUCAAAACCUUCAUCAUCCCACAAAAUAAAACUUUUGGUUUUGUUCUCCAAAAGAUGAUGCUGGAUGGAAAUACUCUGAGGUUUGGUCUUGUGAUGUUCGCAGCUAUCCAACUCAUGAAGAGGCAAAUCAGCAAACUGACGACGUUGGCACAGGACAUGAUUGGCAGAUUUAUGUUCUGUGUUGGUUCUGCAGUUCUGGAGGGGAAGGUGGAUGUGUGGGAGUCGCUGGCCGGCUGCGGUCACCUGCUGCCGAAGCUCACUGCGGUUCUGGAGGAAGGAUGUUCUCUGACUCAGCUGGAGGAGGCACUGGAUCCGAUCCCUGAUGGAGGAUCUCAGCCUGAAGGAGCCGCAGCUUCGUUCACGGAUCUGGUUUCAGCUGCUGCCAGAGAGCAGACCGAAGCUCUUCAGCUGCUGGUCUGCGCUUUGGCCGAUCUACCAGAGAAUAUUCCAGCUGCUUUGAUCAAAUCCGGUCCGGAAACUCUGGACCGGAUCAUGAAGAUAAUGGAGCAUCUCAAGACGGGCGCUGUUGAAGUUCCAGAGUCCCUGGUGCGCCCCCUGCUGGAGACGGAGGAGCUGUGCUGGGUGGGAUCCUUCCUGAAGUCAGGAGGUUACAUGGAAGAUCCUGGAACUGCUGAGGUCGAUCAUCCUCCCGCCCAGCUGGAGGCGCUGUACAUCAGCGUGAGAGGAAUCAGCGUGAUGCUGCAGGCCACAGAUGAAAGUUUCUGUUCCCACUGAGAACAAGAAGAAAAAUCAUUUAAUCUGCAGCAAACAUGACGAUUCAGGAAAAAUCAACCCAAAUGUUUCCUGCGUCAGUCUGAUCAUUUCUCCAUAAUUCAAAUAAUGUUCCAUAAAAAUGUCUCCAGAGGAAUAAAAUCCUGAUUCCCAAUAAAACUAUUUGCUUCAUGAA